CCUUUUUAACAGACAGCUGACCCGUGGUUGUUUCCCUCUGUUCAGGUGUCUGAGCGGGACUCUCGUCUCUCUGCGCUGCGAGGGGAAGUGCUGCUGCUGCAGCAGGAACUGGAAAGAAAGUGCACAGAGUUAGACGGCUGCGAGGAAGCCAUUGAUCAGCUCACCCAGGAACUCCAGGCAACGCAGACAGACCUGGCCAACAGCCGUGAGCAGUGUCAGCACAGCGAGGAGGUCGUUCAGGCGGUCCGAGAGCAUUCACAAAGACUGCAGAACCAGGCAAUGGAGUUGGAAGAGGAUCUGGUGAAGCUACAGACAGACUUUGCUUCGUUUAAAGCCUCCCACAGACACGGCGACGGCAGCUAUGGGGAGCUCGAGAGACUCAUGGCGCAGCUCACGCAGGAACUGGGUCGAGCGGAGGGAGAGGUUCAGCGACAGAUGAAGGAGACGGAGCACUGCCAAACACUUCCGAAAGAGCUAAACCUGGAUCUAGCAAAAGAGAGAGAGCAGCAAAAGAGCACAAUGAAAGACGUGGAGCGACUCGAGCACGAGGUGUUCAGCUUGCGCAGAGACACGGCCGAACAGGUGCAAGACUACAAGCUUUGCAUUUCUGAGCAGCAGCAGCAAAUCCAGAAACUGCAGGAGGAGCUGCGAGACAGUAAUACGCUGACAGCCCACAGAGAGCAGGCCAUACAGAAGCGCGACUCACUCCUCCGCCAGUCAGAGGCUGACCUCUUACAGGCCCGAAGCUCGCUCAAGUCUUUGAACCAGGAGAUAGAGCGCCGCCAGUCAACCGCCUCUGGAAUGGAGAGAAAGCUGCAGUACGCUCAGAGAGAAUAUGAGCAGAAAGAAAACGAGAACACAACAUUAAGGGCAGAGUUACAAGACCUGAGAAAGGAGCUGAAAGAGACCUAUGUCCUCCAUCAAGAAGCAGUGCAGGCAUUGGCGGGUCAAGAGGAGAAGACGCUCCUGGUGGAGAGUGCCCUGCAGAGCACACAGGAUCAGCUGAGUGAGCGCGUGGCAGAAGUUGUCAGACACGAGCAGCUGGUACGCAAAACGGAAAGCGAGAUGCGGACUUUGAGAGAGCGAGUGAACAGUAAUGAUGAAGAACUGGAGCAAUGCAGGUGCCGAGAACAGAGCAAAGUCCAGCAGAGCCUAAGACUAGAACUGGAAGAGCAGCAGAACCGUCACGAGGAACUGCUGAGACAACACCAGAGGAGCAAGGACUGUGAGAGCUCCCUCCAGAGACAGGCAGAGGAGCUGAGCCUGAGAGUGCAGCACUCUGAGCGCUUGUUGGCAGAGAGGGACCGAGCGCUGCAGACUCUGCAGAGCAGCUACUCGCAGCUGGAACGCAGAUCUCAGAGUACUCACGACGAAGCCCGGGAUAGUGUGGCCCAGUUAGAGCUCACCAAGAGUGCACUGGCGCAGGCACAGAGGAAAAUCCAGACUCAAUCGCAAGAGCUAAAGCACAUGGAGAAGCUGUUGUCACGUAUGCGCUCAGAGGAAGAAGCGGCACAGAAGAUGGCAAGAGGCCGGAGCGAAGACUUGAACGCAGCCCAGGAAAGUCUGCAGGAACUGAGGAGCCAAGUGAUAGCCGCUCAGGCCGGGCAGAGAGAAGCUGUAGAGCAGCUGGGUGACAGAAGCCGAGAGCUGGCAGCUCUGAGAAGUGAGUUGCAGCGAUGCCAGCAGAGGAAGACUGAGCUGGAGAGAGAAGGCGCAGCUCAUGACGAAAGAACGCGGCGGCUGAGCAAAGAGGUGGCGGCGUUACAUGAGAUGCAGAGACAGAAGGAACGCGAGAUGGAGGCUUGUGAGGGACGCUUGAGAGAAAUCUGUAACCAGCAGCAACACUGGCAGAGACUCCACCAGGAGCGUACCCAGGACCUGGGGCAGCGGCAAGAUGAGCUCAAGCAACUUCAGGAGCAACUGGCAGCCGUGCAGGAGAAAAGAAAAAAUGAAUGCAAAGAGAGAGAUGCUUUGCAGAAUGCAGUGAACCAGCUGAAGCAGAAAUAUGUGGCGGCAACUAGUGAGGUGGAGACUCUGAGAACAUCUCUGGAAGCGGCGAGGUCAGACUGUCGCCGACUACACCGCGAGAGUGAGCUGGUCGUUUGCAACGUGAACGAAUGGGUGAACGAGCAGAAAGAAGCCAACAAGACACUGAGUGAGAAAAUCCGUGAGCAAAGCAAGCAGAUUGUGCAUCUGACAACGGAGAAAGACUAUUUGCAGGAGGCGAUGGAGCAGCUACAGCGAGAGAACAAGCGCCUGAGAAGCCAGGGAGACGAUAGACGCGUAGAGAAUGAACGAUAUAAGCUGAGUCUGCGUGCGUCGGAUCUGGAUCCCGACCGCCCCAGUCAAGGGCAUGCGGAGGAAGCCGGAUCGCUGUGUUCUGCACGACGCGCAUUCGCCAUCCUCGGAAACUUAAGGACAAAACCGAGGACGGGCCGCUGA